AUGGAGGAAAGGGUUCACUCGUUCAACAACCUCCCGGGCCCGGCGGAUAUGGAGUUACCCAACCUGUUUGGUCGCAACCACUGGGUUUUUGGCGUCUGCCAUGUUGAGAUCAAGAACCCCUCCGACAUUUUUAUAGCCGUCAACCCAGAGAUUGAUUUUAUGAAGCAGGCCAGCCCGUGUCAAAUACUUUCAAUGCCAACAACACAAGGGAAAGCUGAAGCGACGGUUCCCCAUCUCUUGGACGCCUUUCUCAUACCCGAGGGAUUCAACCCUAAAGCUACGGCCCUCUUACCUGGCUCAUGGUCCACCUUGGAACCCGAGAUGGCGCAGGCGAUCGAAGAUGAGCUGAAGAAGCACGGUGUGACACCGGCGCUUUGCAAAGUGGGCGUCUGCACCCCGAAGGAGCGGGUGAUCUUGGAGAAGCGCCGAGAGGAUUUCUUUCUCCCGCUCACUCCGGCGUUGGAGAUGGUUUUUCGAGAGCCGGUUAAACUGGGCGGUUCUACAAGGUGUCAUGGCUGCCGGAUGGGUCAGGCGUCGUUUUUCGAAGCCCUCAAACGGUGUGCGCAGUGCGGCCGGGCGUGGUAUCACUCAAGAGAGUGCCAGAGGGCGUACUGGAUAGUGCACAAGGAAACAUGUCGCGCACCUGCUGCCACCGCUUCACCUGCUGCCGUCCCUCUUCCAAAGCUCGACGCCCAUGACUAUUACACUACAAAGGCGCCUAACGACCCGGAGGCCCGAGAUUUGAUGAAAUCGCUUUGUCUUGAAGACGGUUCAAAACGUAGUGGAAUAGGCUUGCCUCUAUACCGCCUCAUUAUCACAGGUCAGGACACGCCAGAAAAGAUGCGGCUUCUAUUUGGUCCAAACUAUGGAACCAGCCUGGAGGAGCAACAUGAAGAAGUCCGUCUGCAGUGCCUACUCGAGCCGCCCCCUGGAUCUCCAGCGCACAUGAAUAUGAAUGAUUCUUGUCUUGUUCGAGUUUUGCGGCCGGCGACCGAGGACGAGGAGGGGAAGAUUGCUGAAGUCAAAGGGUUGCAGGCUUUGAUUCAGGGUAGGGUGGGUGUUGGGAACCGCCCUUCGGUAGCGGAUAUGCAGGCUAUUCUCAAGAUUUAUGGUGAGGACUGGCCUGGGAUGUUGCUGAGUUAUAGUUUGGCGGUGAGAACCAUGGAUCAGAGGCGUUUUGGUUGGUGGUUGCCGUAG